AUGUUGGUAAUUUUUCCUCCUGCCAUUCUUCUUACAGGUGAGACUUUCUCAGAAAACUUCAGCCACACAGAGAAAUGUCAGCCUUGUACAAAAUGCACAGGCCUGCUCCGCAUGGGCACGCCCUGCACCGACACCAACGACGCCAUUUGCACAUGCAACUACGGCUACUACCACAGCAAAAUCACAGAUCGGUGUGAAGCCUGCACCAAAUGUCCCGAAGGCCAUGGCAUGCUGUACAGCUGCGGGUCGGACCAAGACACGGUGUGUGAGUCGUGCGACGACGACACUUUCUCGGACCAGGACAGUUUCAGGGACCCCUGCAUCCCCUGCACAACGUGUGAUGAGGAUGAUGAGGUGCUGCAGGACUGCAGUCCUGUCAGCGACACCAUUUGCCAAUCAAACUACCAAAAUUCCACACCUGAUGGUAGUUUCCCAGUGACAUUUGAGGAAUACAAUCCACUAGAAAUCCUCCCACCAGAGGCGCCUAGUCCCAACACCACCACCACCACCACCACCACCAUAAAUGGAGACUCCAAAGAAAGGCUCUACCAGAGGAUUAAUGACAAACUCAUCCCCAUCUACUGCUCCAUCCUGGCAGCUGUCGUCGUGGGUCUUGUGGCCUUCAUCAUCUUUAAGAGGUGGAACAGCUGUAAGCAGAACAAACAAGGAGCCAACAACUGCACGACCAACCCGAACCAGACUCCGUCUCCGGAGGGGGAGAAGCUCCACAGCGACAGCGGCAUUUCUGUGGACAGCCAAAGUCUGCAGGAGCAGCAGGGACAGACUCAGUCACAAACAGUUGUGACCAUCGACGAAGAACCAUGUCUGCUCCUUCCUCUCCAUACCAGGGAGAAAGUGGAGAAGCUGCUUUUCCAGGGCAGCGAAGGGGAAAACUGCGACCACAUGCAGGACAGCGACUGGUGCAACCUGGCAGGCCUUCUCGGAUACGAGGAAGAGCGAAUCGCGACCUUCCAGCAGGAAGAGCAUCCCGUCCGAGCGCUGCUGUCCGAUUGGGCGAGGAAGGACUGUGCAAGCGUCGACGCGUUGUGCACAGCGCUCCGCAAGAUCAACCGUAACGACAUCGCGCAAAGUCUGGUGCUCAGCCCAAGCGGCACAAAGCCCACUGCUACCUCUGUGGUGUAGCGUCUCUCCGUUCCUGUCUGAAACAACUUAACACCUGGACCUUAACAUUCAAAUAUUCCAAAUACAGCAUCUUAGAUUAUUCCACAUAAUUCCUGCUGCAGCUGCCUGACACAAUAUCUUUAUGAUGCAAGUCAGAGAGAUGAUCCUGGAAACCCCUUUAAUAAAUCACUCCGAAUCUAAAAUAAAUGAGCAAAACAAAGCAAAGUUAGGUUUUCCAAAUUACUUAAACUUGCAGACAAUGGAAAAUUAAAGCAAUUUAAAAUUAGGAAAGGCACAUUUCAUUUUAAAUCACGGGGACAUCAGGUUUAAAAUCCUCUGACUGAACUCGCCAUGGAGCAGUUGUCUGCUUUGAACACAAACUUUUGUGGAUAACUUCCUGUUAGUUUCUUUCUGCUCCUUUAUGUCUCUUUAUCUUCACAUGUUUGUAUUUUCUGUGGGCCUUCCACUUAUUACACUGUCUUUCUUUUUAUGUUACCAAAGAAGCUGAAGUGUUUUUCAGACCCAACCUGUUCAGCGACAUUAUUUACAUGCCCUGUCAGACUUUUUGAACUUAUCGUGACACGUGUCUUGCGUCUGUAACUACUGUGCCUGUUUCUUCCACUGGAUGAAGAAGUAUCUGGAUCGACAGCCUGAGGCGGUUCUAAUGGACUCAUUUAAAAUGAACCUGCUUCCUCGCUCCCUUAUUAUUAUUAGUAAUAGAUAAAAGCGCAAAGCAGCAGUGCAUGAGGAUGUCAUCUCUACGUCUCUCCACCUGUUUCUGCCGACUCUUGUUUUGUUAAUUCUCCCUGAGGCGCUGUGAAAAGUGCAACCUGUUGGCAUGUAGGCCUCGGCUUGCUUUUAACCGCUCAAACACCAUUCCAGUAUCACAGUUUCUCAUCCUUACCCUGAAAAUGAUAGAGACUCUGUAAAAAUCCUAUGUACUAUAUUUACAUGACAAACAAGUAGAUACAAAUGUAGAUUUAGUUGACGUACAUACACACCUACAGUCUGUAGCCCUGCAUGCAUGUACUGUGCUCAACAACCAAACAUUUGCAUUCAAAGUUGAUGAUGAUAAAACAAGAAAAACAUUAUAUUCUGCCACAUAUAUGGCAUGGCGCACUCAAACGAGGGACCACAUACUGUUUAUUGUUCAUAUUUGUGACAAUUUGUUCAAUGAUCUCUAAAGUCUAGUUGCUUUUGUCGGCAACAGGCAGGAAAUAAUGCUGACGUACUUAUUGCUUUGUUUUUUACGAACACAUAGCUGACUCAAGACGUACAGCUGCAGCCUACAAUAUAUUUACAACUUCCUCUGGCUUGACAUUUUGCUCUACACCUAGCACUUUUGUGCGUCUGGUUUACAUUCAAAGUCUAUGUUGAGGCGCAUCGAGGACGCGUCAAAUUCGCUCUAGCCGUUGUUUUCUGCUGCUGGCCUAUUGUUUGGACGCUAAGGUUGCUCUUGACGUGUCAAACGGUUCCAAUCGCGACAGGAUGGGACCACGACGCACGUAGACUUGGAAUGUAAACCAGACCCGCCUGAUGCUCCAAACACGUUUGGUGUGAAUGCACCAUGACUUCAGCAUUUUCCUCUGUUUGAUAUGAGCCGUUAAUAAUUUGGUACAAACUUAAGAGGUCCUGCAGCCAAGACAGUCUCUCUUUUCACUCAUUUUAAACCAUCAGAAACACUUCUCCCUCCGCCAAAUAAACCCCAAAUAUCUCGAAUCUAGAGUAAAAUUCUCAGGGACGUUAACUGAAAUCUCAAACGCUCGACAAUUGAAUAAACACGCUCCGACGUGACAAAAGAGGCCAUUAUUCUCGCGACUGACGAUCCUUAAAGCUGAUUAAUUAGACGCAGAAACUGGUCAGAAGAAAAGGAAGGAAAAAAGAGGAGAGUUUCACUUCUUCUUUGUUUGGAACAAUGAACGGCGGAUAAAAGGCAGGCCAGCUGAGACAAAAGUCACAGGAUGCAUGAGAGAAACUGAGACGUCUCAGAUUACUUCAAUCAAUGCAAAGGAGAAACCCAGGCCUAUACGUUAAACAACCUGUUCAGAUGUAAGCAUGUUGAUUCCUUUUUCUGUUUAUUUGAAUUUAAGAAAACAUUUUCUUCAUCUCGUGUUAUAUCUUUUUUUUGUUUUUUUUUACUAUUAUAUUACAUUUUUUUGUUCACCAGAAAACACAAACGCAGAGCUAACUCACCCGACUCUCCAACUCGAAGCACAUAUUACUAUUAUUCCCUUGUACACGGAGCAUAUUGCUGUUGUAUUACUUUAUAUGAAGGUAUUCUUACUACUACUAGUACUUCUAACAAGCAAUUUUUAAACGGUAUUACAUUUCUGUUUUUGAUUGCAGCACUUAAAUGUGUAAUCAUUUAUGUUUUAUGCAUCACAAGUGCCUGGGAACUAUUUCAGGUGUAUGUUGGUGUUGUACAUUUACUGUGUUAAGGAAUUUGUAAGUGUAAUUCUAGGUUAUUUUACUUGUAAAUAAUUUGUCUUUAUCUUUUAUUUGUAGUUUUGUUGAAGCAACAGUGUAUAGUGUAAAUGUAAACAGGGCUUACUUUCUUAUUGUCAGUGCUGUCCUUGUUUAUCUAAGGAAAUAGCAAAAGGAAAUCGACUUAAUUUAUAAUUAUUGACCAUCAGGUAUCUUAAAAUUAAGAAGACAAAAAUGAAAGUUAAGUCUGAAAGUUAUCAGGUGUUUGUUUUAGCAAAUAAAUCUUACACCUGUGGUUUACCAUAUUUUAUGCAUAAACACACAAAGAAGAGAAAUUUCACAAUAAAAGAGCAACAAUUUCUCAUAAAAAGCCUAAUGAAGCUAAAUGAGGCAUUUCUGUAUGACCCUAUUAGUGCCAUAUAGUGAAUUUUGUUUAAUUGUGAAUAAGUUAUGAGAGGAGAUGCAUGCAUCACUUUUAAUCUCCUGAAAAUCUGCAAUUAUAAGUUUGUUAAUGCAACUGCAGGGAGGCAUGGAUGUGAACUAUUUAUGCAAAUUUUACUACUUUAUUCAAUGUCCAAAUUGAAAAAGCAAGCCUUCUUUUCCCCUAAAAUAAAAAAGUAUUUUAUCAUUUAUGUCCAGAUGUGGUCGUCUGCAAAGGUUUUCAGUUCUGGUGCUUGUGUUGUAGUAUUCACACAUGUGCACUAUUACAAGCUGUAGCAUAAAAAAAUUGUCAUAAUAUUACAAAUAAAUUACAAAACAUUCCCAGACCAGGGUAUUUGAAACAUUUGCACCAGCAAAAGCAUAACUCAGUUUAAGCCUCCAGUUGAGCUACAAUAAAAAAUGCAUUAUUCUACCAAGAGAAAUUUUUGUUAUUGAUACUUAUAUUUAAGGGAUUUCUCAUCCUCAUACUGAUCAUCUGUUYGUUCUACAUGUAUCUUGGUUUAUCUAAAUUAUGUCAAACAACAUAAAUGAUUUUUUUUUCUCGCUUUUUCUGCCUAAGACGCUGGUCUACCUGUACAGUUGAAGGUGAAUGUGACGAUAUUGCACUUGAGACACAAGUUACAACCUAAUUAUGCAAAAAGGGACUGAUAAAUAUAGGUUGGAGUGAGAGAGUAAGAGUGAAAAACUGUUUUGGGUAAAAAAACAAACAAACCCUGAUGGUAAACAGUGAUGAGAAUGACAGUAAACCAGGACUGAAUUGUACAGAAACGGUGAAUGUUAAAUGUAUACUCACACAUAUACUGUCCUAUACUGAAUGUGAAUUUGCUUUAAGUUCUACAAUAGACAAGCAGUAAAUAAAGCUCUUUAAUUCA